CAAGUGGGAGAAAGCAUUCCAAAGAUCUCGAUCAACAUGGCUGACUUACAACACUGGGUUGAGCUGCUAAGCAGCCCAACGCUUUCUGUGCUACCACACGAUUACAUUCGUCCAACUGAUAACAAGACCAUUGAGGCUACGUUGAGCUUCAACGAGGUUGAAGGAGCCUCACCGUUUACCGUGGGCCUCGCUGUUUUCGGUACCUUGAUAUACAGACUGACCGGUGAUGAUGACAUCGUUAUCUCAACCGAUAUUGCUGCGAAUGGCCAGGAGUUUGUCGUGAGAUUCACCAUCUCGCCAACGGCCUCCUUUAUCGACCUUGUCAAGCAAACCACGGAGCUCUUCAACACAGGCGCCUCCAAGGCGGUUGACUAUGACGAGCUAUCUCUGGCAAUCAAGAAAUCAAAUAAGCUUGAGGGCAAGCCACAGCUCUUUAGAUUGGCGUUCCAACACGGUAAUGACCACCAGUUCUUAUCAGAGUACGGGUCAACAAGAGACAUCUCUGUGUUUGUAAAUGGUUCGACUUAUGACGUUUACUUCAAUGCACUUCUUUACAAAGAGGAGAGAAUCGAGUUCCUUGGUGCUCAAUUCAACCAAUUCUAUCAAGCUGUCAUUGAGGAUCCAUCAAUCCAGAUCACUAAGGUGUCACUUGUCACUCCUACUCAAAAUGACAUUUUACCAGACCCUACAAAGGACCUGGACUGGUCAGGCUACAGAGGCGCUAUUCACGACAUCUUCCAAGAGAACGCUGCCAAGUUCCCUGAUAGAGUGCUGGCCAUCGAGACUCCUUCUUUCCUCGCACCAGAGCAGAAGUCCCGUGAGUUCACCUACAAACAGAUCAACGAAACCUCUAACAUUGUGGGAAACUACCUGGUCAAGACUGGUAUCCAGAGAGGUGACAUUGUCAUGAUCUACUCAUCUCGUAGUGUCGACUUGCUGGUGUCUGUGCUCGGUGUGUUGAAAGCUGGUGCCACUUUCUCUGUCAUCGACCCUGCUUACCCACCUGCUCGUCAGAAUAUUUAUUUACAGGUUGCCAAACCAAAAGGUCUCAUUGUCAUCAAGAAGGCUGGUGUCUUGGACCAAUUGGUUGAGGAUUACAUCAAGAAUGAAUUAGAGGUGGUUUCUCGUAUUCCUCAAAUCGAACUCCAAGACGACGGUUCCAUCCUCGGUGGUGCUUCUGAAGGCUCCCAGGACGUCCUUGCCAACAUUCCAGCCACACCAACUGGUGUGCUGGUUGGCCCUGACUCGAACCCAACUUUGUCCUUCACCUCUGGUUCAGAAGGUUUACCAAAGGGUGUCUUGGGUCGUCAUUUCUCGCUGGCUUACUAUUUUGAUUGGAUGUCCAAGACUUUCAACCUCUCUGACAAGGAUAGAUUCACGAUGCUUUCAGGUAUUGCCCAUGAUCCUAUCCAAAGAGACAUGUUCACCCCUAUUUUCCUCGGUGCCCAACUGCUUGUUCCAACAGAUGAUGACAUUGGCACUCCUGGUAAAUUGGCUGAAUGGAUGUCCAAAUACGGUGCAACAGUGACACACUUAACACCUGCCAUGGGUCAACUGCUGUCUGCUCAGGCAACUGCCCAGUUCCCUGCCUUGCACCAUGCGUUCUUUGUCGGUGAUAUCUUGACCAAGAGAGACUGUUUGAGGUUACAGACACUUGCUGAGAACGUCAACAUUGUGAACAUGUAUGGUACUACUGAGACUCAAAGAGCAGUCUCAUACUUCGAGGUUGCUUCGAGAUCAAGCGAUCCAACCUUUUUGGAGAACCAGAAGGAUGUUAUGCCAGCUGGUAAGGGUAUGCUCAACGUUCAGCUCUUGGUUGUCAACAGAAACGACAGAUCUCAGAUCUGUGGUGUCGGUGAAGUUGGUGAGAUCUACGUCCGUGCUGCUGGCUUGUCAGAAGGAUACAGGGGUCUUCCUGAUUUGAAUAAGGAGAAGUUUGUUCAGAAUUGGUUUGUCGACAACGAUACCUGGGUCGUUUUGGAUCAAGAGAAGGACAAGGGCGAACCAUGGAGACAAUUCUGGAAGGGACCAAGGGAUAGACUGUACAGAACAGGUGACUUGGGCCGUUACCUUCCAGACGGUAACUGUGAGUGUUGCGGUAGAGCUGAUGACCAAGUUAAGAUCCGUGGUUUCCGUAUCGAGCUUGGUGAGAUCGACACCAACAUUUCCCAGCAUCCGUUGGUUCGUGAGAAUAUCACCCUGGUUAGACGUAAUCAGAACAACGAGCCAACUCUGAUCUCUUACAUUGUGCCAAAAUCUGACGUUAAGGAGCUUGAAGACUUCAAAUCGCCAAUUGAAGAUGUUGAGGAUAAAGAUGAUCAUGUCGUUACCGGCCUGGUUGGCUACAGAAACCUCAUCAAGGAUAUCAAGGAGUUCUUGAAGAAGAGAUUGGCCUCAUAUGCCAUUCCAACAAUCAUCGUCCCAUUCCACAAGCUGCCAUUGAAUCCAAAUGGUAAAGUUGACAAGCCAAAGCUACAGUUUCCAUCUCCUGCACAGCUUGAGACAGUAGCAAAGCAUGCUGCUGCUGAUCAGGAUGAUACCCAGUUCACUGAGACAGAGGCAAAGGUUCGUGAUUUGUGGAUCUCUGUUUUGCCUCAGCGUCCAUCUACCGUGUCGCCAGACGAUUCCUUCUUUGACUUGGGAGGUCACUCUAUCUUGGCUACAAGAAUGAUCUUUGAACUGAGAAAGAAGUUUGUCAUUGAUCUUCCACUGGGAACAAUUUUCAAGUAUCCAACCAUCAAGGCAUUCGCCAAGGAGGUUGACCGUAUUCAAUCAGGUGCUCCGCUCGAGGCUACUGCUCAAGAGCAGAACGAGGAUGAAGUCGUUAAGCCAGCUGAGUACUUCAAGGACGCCAGCGAGCUCUCAGAAACCCUCCUCAAGAAGUCAUAUCCAUCAAAGGCUCCACUAUCAAGCUCAGACGAGAUCAACGUGUUUGUCACUGGUACCACCGGUUUCCUCGGAUCCUUCAUUGUUGCUGACUUAUUGAACAGGGAUGCAAAGAUCAAAGUCUUUGCCCAUGUCCGUGCUUCUGACAAAGAGAAAGGCUUCGAAAGAGUCCGUAAAGCAGGUCAGACUUACGGUAUCUGGAAAGAUUCAUUUGAGUCGAGACUUGAGGUUGUCUUAGGUGACUUGUCCACUGAAAACUUUGGCUUAUCUGAAUCUGCUUGGUCUUCACUUGCAGACACUAUUGAUGUCAUCAUCCAUAAUGGUGCAUUGGUUCACUGGGUGUACCCAUACAGCAAACUUCGUGAUGCCAACGUUAUUGGAACCGUCAACACAUUGAACCUCGCAGCCACUGGUAAGGCCAAGUACUUUGCCUUUGUCUCUUCAACAUCCACACUGGAUACUGAACACUUUGUUGAACUUUCUGACAAGCUUCUCUCUCAAGGGAAAGACGGUGUUCCAGAGUCUGACGACUUGUCAGGCUCUGCUUACGGCCUUGGUUCCGGUUAUGGACAAAGUAAAUGGGCUGCAGAGUACAUCAUUCGUCGUGCAGGUGAGCGUGGCUUGAGAGGUGCCAUCAUCAGACCAGGUUACGUUACUGGUGAGACAAAAACAGGGUCUUCCAACACUGAUGAUUUCCUCUUGCGUAUGCUCAAGGGAUGUGCUGAGCUUGGUGUUUAUCCUAAUAUCAACAACACGAUCAACAUGGUUCCAGUUGACCACGUUGCUAGAACUACUGUUGCUGGUGCUCUUCACCCACCAAAGGAGAACGAACUGGCUGUGAUUCAAGUUACUGGCCACCCAAGAGUCACUUUCACCCAAUACAUUGGUGCCUUGAACAAAUUUGGCUAUGGCUUGAAGGAAGAUGACUAUGUCACAUGGAAGAAGGCUUUGGAAAGAUACGUUGUUGAACAAACCAAAGAAAGUGCAUUGUACCCGUUGUUGCACUUCGUCUUGGAUGAUCUCCCAUCAAACACCAAAGCACCAGAACUGGAUGACAUAAAUGCCCGCACAUCGUUGAAAGCCGACGCUGACUGGACAGGCAUUGACGCUUCUGAAGGUAAGGGUAUCGAUGAAAGACAGAUCGCUGUUUACGUCUCUUACUUGAUCAAGAUUGGUUUCUUGCCAAAGCCAGCUGGACAAGGAGAACCUUUGCCAGAGGUUAAGCUCACUGAGCAACAAUUCAAGCUCGUGACUUCUGGUGCUGGUGCUCGUGGUUCAGCAAACUAA